AUGAAAUCAACCGUCCAAUUAAAAGUGUUGUAUGGAAUCUUUGUGACUAUCACCAGCCUUGAAGAAUCCACCAAGUACACAAACUACUAUUUGUCAAAAAGAAGUCCUAUUGUGCGUGAUGUGAAGCACAUGUACAAAGUUGGGAAUCAAGGGCAGAGGUCGUUACCAAUAUCCAUUAUUUUCAUGGUUCCUGUGAAGCUGAAGGAGACUGUUGUGUGGGAAAAUCCAGAUAUCAUUGUUUCAGAGGAGGAGCUAAGCAACAGUACAACUAACUGUACCAACACCGGGGAAAUAACCAAUACAGGAGAGUUCCUGGAGGAAAAUGAAGCUCAUUCAGUUCUGAAUUGCACCGUGAUGACAUGUCUCAGGUUUGUGUGUAGCAUCGACAGUUUGAACAUUCAGAAAUCAAUCAAUUUUACGAUCACUGGACAAGUGACCAAAGACUGGGCCACCCAGACUGCCCACCAGAAAGUGCUGCUACAAAGUUCUGCAGAAAUUACGUAUAACUCGGACAGAUACCAGCACAUCCUAGAGCAGAACCAACCAUUCACCAGGGCUCAGGCCCAGACGGUGCUGAAGGUCUUCAUUGAGUAUAACUACCUGCCUGUGAUUAUUUGGAGCAGUGUGGGGGGCUUGGUGCUUCUGGCUCUGAUCAGCGCUGGGUUGUACAAGGUGGGAUUCUUCAACCAUCAGUAUAAAUACAUAUUGCAAUUACCAGAAGGACAAACUGUAGGAGGUGAAGAGACUACAAUGGAGGCCCAAUCUGAGCAGAAGCAAACGCAGUAGGGCAAUAAUCUCAGGCCAGAUUGGGCAAGGACUGUGUAUAUUUGGAAAGAGUGGGAUUGGCAGACGGCGCUUCAAUAAUCUUAUUAAUUAUCAAAUUCUAAUAAGAUUUUGUUCAUUGUACAUCUUGGAAUAAAUGUUAUUUAUACAUGAAUUUUAUAAAUAUAACAGUAAUAUACAACA